UGCAAAAAUCCUUGUCGAAGGAGAACCAAAUGUUUCAUAUAUUUGUUCAAGAUACUAUAGGGCACCGGAGUUGAUCUUUGGCGCAACAAAUUACACAACUAAUAUCGGUAAACCCUUAUUCCCUGGUGAAAGUGGUAUUGACCAAUUGGUAGAAAUUAUCAAAGUUUUAGGUACACCAACAAGAGAACAGAUCAAAACCAUGAAUCCAAACUAUAUGGAACACAAAUUCCCUCAAAUCAAACCUCAUCCAUUUUCAAAGGUUUUCCGGGCAAGAACACCGCCUGAAGCGAUUGAUCUUAUAUCUCGCCUUUUAGAAUAUACUCCACCCAAUCGAUUGACAGCGGUUGAGGCAAUGUGUCAUCCAUUCUUUGAUGAACUUCGAAAUCCAGAAACAAGACUUCCUAACGGAAAAGAGCUACCAAAACUUUUUGAUUUCACAGAGCAAGAACUAUCUAUCAGAAAUGAUCUCAUUUCCCAACUCGUACCACAGCACGCCGAGGCUGAACUUCUUGCGAGGGGAAUUGAUAUUCAUAAUUUCGUUCCGUUGACACGCAGUCAGAUGCGUGCAACUUUGGAUUGA